CCACGUGACGCGCCGAAGCCCCUCCGCUCUUUGUUUACCUCGCGCUGGGGCCGCGCGCCGGCCGAUGGCGUCAGUGCGCGCCCCGCCCCGCCGCGCCCCGCCCCGCCCCGGGCGGGACGGCCGCUUCCGGCGCGGGCACCAGCGGACGCGGAGUGCGGCGGCGGCUGCUCGGCCUGUGGACGCUUGCGGCUCCCCGGGGGCGGCGGGAGCCGGCGGGGCGUGGUAGCUGGCCGGCCUGGGCCCGGCGCAUGUGCCGCGGCGGGGGUGGCGCGGCCCUGGUGUCGGCGGCGGGAGCAUGGCAGCCUCGGGGGCGGAGAAGAGCAGCAAGAAGAAAACGGAGAAGAAGCUCGCGGCGCGGGAGGAGGCGAAGCUGCUGGCGAGCUUCAUGGGCGUCAUGAACACCAUGCGGAAGCAGAAAACUCUCUGUGAUGUCAUUCUUAUGGUUCAGGAAAGAAAGAUCCCAGCUCACCGUGUUGUGCUUGCUUCAGCCAGCCACUUCUUUAACUUGAUGUUUACUACAAAUAUGCUUGAAUCAAAGUCCUUUGAAGUGGAGCUAAAAGAUGCAGAACCUGACAUUAUUGAACAGCUUGUGGAGUUUGCUUAUACUGCAAGAAUUUCUGUUAACAGCAAUAAUGUGCAGUCUUUACUAGAUGCAGCAAACCAGUAUCAAAUUGAACCUGUGAAAAAAAUGUGUGUGGAUUUUUUGAAAGAGCAAGUCGAUGCUUCAAAUUGUCUUGGUAUAAGUGUGUUAGCAGAAUGCCUAGACUGUCCAGAACUGAAAGCCACUGCAGAUGACUUUAUCCAUCAGCAUUUUACUGAAGUUUACAAGACAGAUGAGUUUCUUCAGCUUGAUGUUAAGCGUGUGACACAUCUUCUGAACCAAGAUACAUUGACUGUGAGGGCAGAAGACCAGGUUUACGACGCAGCAGUCAGAUGGCUGAAGUAUGAUGAGCCGAAUCGCCAGCCAUACAUGGUUGACAUUCUUGCUAAAGUCCGAUUUCCUCUCAUAUCAAAGAACUUCUUAAGUAAAACGGUUCAGGCUGAACCACUUAUUCAGGAUAACCCAGAAUGCCUUAAAAUGGUGAUCAGUGGGAUGCGAUACCAUCUACUUUCCCCAGAAGACAGAGAAGAGCUAGUGGAAGGUACACGGCCAAGAAGAAAAAAACAUGAUUAUCGCAUUGCUUUGUUUGGAGGCUCACAGCCCCAGUCCUGCAGAUAUUUUAAUCCAAAGGAUUACAGCUGGACAGACAUCCGAUGUCCCUUUGAAAAGCGCAGGGAUGCAGCUUGUGUCUUCUGGGACAACGUAGUUUAUAUUUUGGGUGGUUCCCAGCUCUUCCCUAUAAAGCGAAUGGACUGCUACAAUGUGGUGAAGGAUAGCUGGUAUUCCAAGCUAGGACCUCCAACACCUCGAGAUAGCCUUGCAGCCUGUGCUGCUGAGGGCAAAAUUUAUACAUCUGGUGGUUCAGAAGUGGGAAAUUCUGCACUGUAUUUGUUUGAAUGCUACGAUACGAGAACAGAAAGCUGGCACACAAAACCCAGCAUGCUGACUCAACGGUGCAGUCAUGGAAUGGUAGAGGCAAAUGGCCUCAUUUAUGUAUGUGGAGGAAGCUUGGGAAACAAUGUUUCUGGAAGAGUCUUAAAUUCCUGUGAAGUUUAUGAUCCAGCUACAGAAACGUGGACUGAGCUUUGUCCAAUGAUUGAAGCCAGGAAGAAUCAUGGACUGGUGUUUGUAAAAGACAAAAUAUUUGCUGUGGGUGGACAAAAUGGCUUAGGUGGCCUUGAUAAUGUAGAAUAUUAUGAUAUCAAGAUGAAUGAAUGGAAGAUGGUAUCUCCAAUGCCAUGGAAGGGUGUAACAGUGAAGUGUGCUGCUGUGGGAUCUAUAGUCUAUGUCCUGGCUGGUUUUCAGGGCGUUGGUCGAUUAGGGCACAUUCUCGAAUAUAAUACUGAAACAGACAAGUGGAUAGCCAACUCCAAAGUUCGCGCUUUCCCAGUGACAAGUUGUUUAAUAUGUGUUGUUGACACUUGUGGCGCAAAUGAAGAAACGUUAGAGACCUGAAGACCUGUAAGACACCCUGAGACGUUCUUCAAGGACUUGGGGAAAGAUGGCCAUGGUGCUUUGCUUCCAUGUUUUAUUGAAUCUUGUUAAACUGAGUAAUAGGAAAAACUGAGAUGCAGUCUUUGAAUUUGUAUAUACAGCAUAUUGUAUAACAUGGAUUUUGUCAUGCCCAUCUUACUGUCUGUUUUAAGAGAUGGGGAUGUGUUUUGAGAAUCCACUUACCUAGCUGAGAACAUAUGACAUCUUCCUUUGAAAAGACUGUGUGGCCUUGUCAAAAGUAGACCCAAUCCAAUUAUUUAGAAGAAUUCAAAGCAUUUGAUGAAGAUAAAGAUUUCUGGCUGAAUGAUACUUUCCAGAGCUCAAUUACAAAGAUUCUUCCUUUAAUGAAGGUGAGUAAAUACAGCCUGGGUCAUGAGAAAUACAAGCAAACUUUUCUUGUUUACACAUACCUGUAAAAAUCUUACUAGAAUGCAAUGAAGAUUUUGCUCAGGAAAGACCAAGGACGACAGCAGUAUAAUGGAUUAAGAUUCCCAUGGAGAAGGGGGAUAGAUUAUACAGCUCCUUCCUUAUGAUAGCUGCCCUAUUUCGGUGACUUUCUUCCAUCACUUGCAUGACUGCAUAUCAAUUUUGAAGUCAGACAGGCUAUAUAUAUAUGUGUGUGUGUGUGUAUGUAUGUGUGUGUGUAUGUGUGUAUGUAUAUAUAUAUAUGUAUGUGUGUAUAUAUAUAUAUAUAUGUAUGUAUGUAUGUGUAUAUAUAUAUAAAAUAAAUUAGCAAAACACUUUCCCAAUGACUUCUUUGGCAUUUUGGGGAGCUUUCACAAAAAGACACCUGAGCUGUCACAGAACUAAACUUUCUUCUUUGAUUAUGUUGAGGUGGGGGGUGGUGGUGGUGGAGGAGGUCCACAGUAAUUGUGCACUAUGUUAGCAAGUUGGAAACUUGGGAUUCAUUUUUACUAUAUCUUCCCAGGCAACCAGACUGUACAUACUGUGGAUGCCAAACCAUUAGCAAAGAUGGGAAUAGGUUUGGGAAAGCAAAGUCAAUACAACAAAUGUAUUGAUUUUCUUCUUGAAAAUGACUGUUUUUAAAAUGAAAUGAACAAAGUCAUUAAAGAUAUUUUAUAGAAGUCUUCUAAAGUUGCACAUGGUUAUUAAUCUCUGGUUUAUAAGCAUACAGUACUAUAAAUGUUUCUAGACAGUCAACAUGGUACUAAAUGUGAUCACAAUCUUUCUUCCAGCAUAGAAGUUCAGGCUUGUCAGGCUAUCAGUAUCAAUACUGUGUACAUCUUCCUACUUUUCAAAAAAGUUAUACAAAUUGAUACAUGUGAGUCUGUUCUGCUCCCUGCUAGGUCAUAAAUGUCUUCAUCCUAACUUUGUCACCUUUUUCUGACUUGCUAAUUCCUUCAGAUCUGUUUCUAUGAGACUAUCAAGUUAACUUAAAAAGUUGGUGCUUGCCUAUCUGUAUCUCGUGCAUCACUGGUGGUGUGGAUUUUUAUUCUGUUUCAUUUCUGAAGAUGCUCCAAGUUCUCAAAUGGUAUAAUUCCAGUUUAAAGUCAGUCCUGCUUUGUAGACUAUUUUAUCUCACACUAACAACUCUGCAUGUAUGGUAAACUAGUAGAUGCAUUCAUGGGUUUCAUAGUGUUUCAUGCAACUUGGCUCUAUAUUCAGUAGUAAGUGAAUGCUGUAAAACACUCCCCCCCCCUUGCCUUUCCCUUUUUUUUUUUUUUUUUUCCCCCCUACUGAUUGAGCCAUAAAACAAAUUUGUCACUGGUAUUUUGAAUAUUUGUGUUCUAAGAUACUGCAAAAACUGGACUGAAUUCUGCACUUUUCAGGUUGUACAGCCUGUUUGGGUUUUUUUUUUUUUUUUUUUUUUUUUUUUUUUGUAUCUGCUUUUAAAAUUGUGAAGCACCUUUUUCUAAAUUUCUUUUCAAGAGGUUAGUAAUUUGCUUAAGCUACUGAAAAAUUUAUAAGUGGAAAGACUGAAAGGAUUUGAGAGAACUAGACUGUCACGGAACACACAUCUAACACCUUCACGUGGGUAUUUUCUUUGAACUACUGUACACUACUUAUUUCAGUCUGCACUUUCUUAACAGGGUAGGCUCCUCAGUACCUGCAGCUCCAACUUUGCACAAAGUGAUGAUGCUCUUGCUUAUGUACACCUGGUAAUGAUAACUGUUGGAUUUUUUUAUUAGAGUUUUAUCAUGCUGUGGGUCCCAGGUCAUAGACUUGGCUCAAGAUUCAAUUACUGAGGCAGUAUUUGAAAAUUGUCCAGAAUGCAAUACUUUGUUUCUUAGAUCAUUUUGUGUAUCGAAGAUGUGUAUUGAUAAAACUAAUGAAGUGACAACUUGGCUCAGUAUAAGAAACACUUUUUUGAAGCUUAUGGUGGAAGUGAAGCAAAAUACCUCAGUGAGGCUUGUGACUCAGUACACUUUGAUCAAUAAAUGAUUUUUUUCUUCGGUA